AUGGGGUCCGGCGGCUACCGCGGCGCGGCGGGGGCUCGGGCGCUGCCGCUGCUGCUACUGCUGCUGCUACUGCUGCUGCCCGCGCCGGCCGGCCCCGUCGCGGUGCCCCUGCCCGAUGUGGAUGAAUGUGCCCUGGGGCUUGAUGACUGCCACCCAGAUGCUAUCUGUCAAAACACCCCGAAGCUGUACAAGUGCAUGUGCAAAGUGGGUUACACUGGUGAAGGGAAGAAGUGUGAAGACAUUGAUGAAUGUGACAACGACUUCAAUGGUGGUUGUGUCCACGAGUGUUUCAACAUUCCAGGAAAUUACCGCUGUACUUGCUACGAUGGCUUUAUGUUGGCUCAUGAUGGCCACAACUGCUUGGAUACAGAUGAGUGCAUGUUCAACAACGGUGGUUGCCAGCACGUUUGUGUCAACACUGUGGGCAGCUAUGAAUGUCGCUGUAAGGAAGGGUUCUUUCUCAGCGAUAACCAGCAUACAUGCAUCCACCGCUCGGAAGAAGGCAUGAGCUGCAUGAAUAAAGAUCAUGGUUGUGCCCACAUCUGCAGAGAAACACCCAAAGGAGGAGUUGCCUGUGAAUGCCGACCAGGAUUUGAACUGUCCAAGAAUCAGAGGAGCUGCAUUUUAACAUGUAAUCAUGGAAAUGGUGGCUGUCAACAUACCUGUGAUGAUGCUGAUAAUGGACCUGUUUGUGGAUGCCACCCCAAGUACAUCAUGCAUGCGGAUGGGAAAACCUGCCUGGAGAGGGAAGAGGCUGCUGCUGAAAUUUCUGAGGGAAACACUACAGCAGGAGCUGAUGUGGACAAGAGGGUGAAGCGCCGAUUGCUCAUGGAAACAUGUGCAGUGAACAACGGUGGCUGCGACCGUACAUGUAAAGAUACCUCAACUGGAGUGCACUGCAGCUGCCCUGUUGGAUUCACGCUCCAGUUUGAUGGGAAGACAUGUAAAGAUAUCGACGAAUGCCAGUCCAAUAAUGGAGGCUGUGAUCAUUUCUGUAAAAACACUGUUGGCAGUUUUGAUUGCAGCUGCAGAAAGGGAUUCAAAUUAUUAACAGAUGAGAAAUCAUGUCAAGACAUUGAUGAAUGCUCUUUUGAACGGACGUGCGACCACACGUGCAUCAAUCAUCCAGGCACCUUUGAGUGUACUUGUAACAAAGGAUAUGCUCUUUAUGGCUUCACACAUUGUGGAGACAUUAACGAAUGCAGUGUCAACAAUGGUGGUUGCCAACAGCUAUGUGUGAACACACAGGGAGGCUCUGAAUGCCUGUGUCACUCGAACUACAAAUUACACUGGAAUAAAAAGGAUUGUGUUGAGACAAAGGGUCCAUUGCCUGCUAAUAUCUCACCUAAGGUAUUGCUGCACUGCAAUAAGAGUGGUGGGAGUGAUAGAUGCUUCCUAAGCUGCUCUUCAGAUGUCCAGGUAUUUUCUGGAGCACAAGAUGCCUACACUCUCACCUGUGGCAGGUCAUCUCAGCUUAAGAAAAGGCAGCAAAAUACAAAUGCAUCCAGCUGGCUAGAUACUUCAGCCAUCAAGAUAAGCGUAACCUUUAAGUUAAAUGAAGGAAAAUGUAGUUUGAAAAAGACUGAGAUGUUUCAAGAAGGUCUGGAACAGGUGACACCAGAGACACGUAACUCAGUAAUGGAGAGCUUUCAGUAUGUAAACCUAACCUGCAGCACUGGCAAGAAAGGUCACGGAGCCCUCAGUAGACUGACAGCAACUAGAGAAACUUUUAUCACUGCGGACUUUGAGCUUGAAACAAGCCGAAAGGAGGUGACAGACACGUGUGAUGUGCGCUGUGCGCGGAAGAAGACGGAGAAGAGGUUCCGUAAAACCAUCCGAACCCUGCGGAAAACAGUCAGCAGGGACCAGUUCCGCAUCCGCCUCUCUGCUGUGGACCAUGAAGUGGCCAGAAAGUCUCUCAAGCUGUCAGAGACACAGCAGUCUUGUGGUGUAGGACAGAUGCAUGUGGGUAACAGAUGUGAUCAGUGCUCACCAGGUGAAUAUUCUCCUGACGGCUUCAAACCCUGUCUGCCAUGUCCCCUGGGAACAUACCAGCCUGAGGCUGGCAGAGUGUCUUGCUUUCCCUGCGGAGGAGGUCUAACAACGAGACAGAGUGGUGCGUCCUCGUUUCAGGACUGUGAGACCAAAGUUCAGUGUUCACCUGGCCACUUCUAUAACACCACCACUCAUCGGUGCAUUCGCUGCACAGUUGGGACAUACCAGCCCGAGUUUGGACAAAGUUAUUGCAUUUCAUGCCCUGGAAACACAACUACUGAUUUUGAUGGGUCAACAAAUAUAACACAGUGCAAAAAUAGGCAGUGUGGAGGUGAACUUGGUGACUAUACUGGAUACAUCGAAUCACCAAACUACCCUGGGGACUAUCCUGCCAACACCGAGUGCACCUGGAAUAUCAACCCACCGCCAAAACGCCGCAUUCUGAUUGUGGUUCCAGAAAUAUUUCUGCCAAUAGAAGAUGAGUGUGGAGACUACCUGGUGAUGAGAAAAAGCUCUUCUUCCAACUCGGUGACCACCUAUGAAACCUGCCAGACCUACGAACGCCCUAUAGCUUUCACUUCCAGGUCUAAGAAGUUGUGGAUCCAGUUCAAGUCGAAUGAAGGGAACAGUGCCAAAGGAUUCCAAGUUCCCUAUGUGACAUACGAUGAGGAUUACCAAGAACUAAUUGAAGACAUUGUCCGAGAUGGAAGACUUUAUGCAUCUGAAAAUCAUCAGGAAAUACUCAAGGACAAGAAGCUGAUAAAAGCAUUGUUUGAUGUGCUGGCACAUCCACAGAACUACUUCAAGUACACAGCCCAAGAGUCAAGAGAGAUGUUCCCAAGGUCCUUCAUCCGGCUGCUGCGCUCUAAAGUUUCCAGAUUUCUGAGGCCUUACAAAUAGUUGGCACUGAACUUAAAACACUAACCAGCCCUGGGCAUGCACAAAGGGGUUGUGGUAGGUGGGGCUGCUUUCUGUGUUUUACACACUGGCAAAGAACCUUCAGGGAAGCUUGCCAGCUCCAUUCUCGGCAGAGUUUGGCUUUCUCAGCUCACAUAAACAGAAGUUUGAUACCUUUCCAGAUAACCUUUUGGGUACCAAGGAUACUUCAUGAGUCUCUGGAUUAGAGACUGCCCAUGAUUUCUGUAACCUAAUGGUGCCAUGCAGAAGGAGCCCUGCCCUGUUGCUUCAUCAGUAACUCUAAAAGCUAACAUGGACAGACAGGCUAAGUAGUGUGGCUUGGGGUGAACUCCAGGCUGCCACUAAUGCAUGUUACAUCAACAUGGGUUCGUGUUUGGUCUUGCUGAAAGUGAGGACAAGAUUGACAUCUCUCUUCACUUUUGCUAUGCAAAAAACUCAGAGCUAGGAUUGAAACAGUUUUACUCCAAACCAGUGAGUCAAAGAAUUGCACAAGGUGUAAUUUUUCUCUGAACUAUAUGUUGUAUGAGGCAUAUGGAGGAAUAAGUAAAGGCUUGAAUAUUAGCUCUCAAUCUCUGGAUCUGAUUCACACUCUCUUUGUGCUAAUGAACUCUUGGUUUAGAUGGAGUGACACCAGAAUACAAGCAGGGCACUGCAGUAAAGGAAAACACUCUGAUCUCAUGAGCACUUCUGUUGUGGCUGGCUGCAAGUGUUACAAUGGAACAGAUUCUUUGCUGAAUCCCAGUGCUUUUCCUCUGCACAGGCCAUGAGAUAUUGUCUCCUCCAAGUAGUAUCAAAUUCUGUCCUUUGAGCACCUGCAUUUUUAAAUGCAGGCUUUGCAUAGAUUAUGCCCCUGUACAUGGCUGUUUAAACCUGUAUAAGGUUCCAAUCCUUAUAUUCCUUAUCUUGUCUGAGCACCUUGCAAUGGCCUUAUUUAACAGAGAAGGGCUUCUUUCCUUGUCUUGCUGGAGAGAAGCAGAUGUACAAAGACUCUGAAGGAGACCAUGGCUGCAGAAGUUAUCUUUAGCAAAAUGCUGUUUGAGAUUCCCAAUCUCUGUUGUUUUCCUGAGGUUGGGUUUCUUAUGACAGAAUGGUUUUCUGAAAGGGCCUCUAGGGAGAACUUACUGCUCAAAAUGUUUUCUUGGUGCUUUUCUGUCCAUAUUACUGUCCUCUGGCUGAGCAAGCUGUUUCCUUCUGGGCCUUCUGUCUUGACAGGAGACAGUCCUGCUUCUUUGGAGAUGGACUUAGGACCUCUGUCUUUCAUUCACUGCAGUGCCAAGUGGUGCAGCAGGUGCCAAACUUCCUCUGUGUGCCACUUAGGAAAGGUACUGAAAUUUCAUGGCAUAGCCAGGGCAAAUGCUCCCUUCCCUAGGGUAUGGAGUAGAACCUCCUUGGGUUUAACUGCACUAGGAUAUGGUAUUUUACUGUUGUGUGUGAGUAAUACCACAUCCACAGUGUGGCAGAUGAAACUCUUAUCAAAAGCUACAGUCUGAAUAUCUAUUAGGAAUAAAAAAAAUACUACUAGAUGCAGCCUUGCUGAGCUGUUGUGCCAUGGCAGCCCUGUUCUCUUGCAUGUGAGGCAGUGCAGUCUGUCGUGUGGGAAGGACACACCUUGGUUGUGGUGUGAUGGGAAGAUGCCUUAGACCAUGGCUGGGAGCAGAGCCUCUCAGGAUGGGGGCAAUGAGGGGCUGUGUUCCUCUUGCCAGCACUCUGAAAGAACUGCCAUGGUCUGGGUGGAGGAAGGAAAUGACUUUGUGUUGCUGCCAGGAGGCAGAACUGUGUCCUAGCUGGCUGCACUGGGGCUCCUGCUCUAGCUCAAGAGCUGCUCAUUGGUUUUUGUGACAGAGUGGUUCCAUUGCAGGAACAAGACUGCCUGGUCUGCAACAAAGGGGAGAAAACAGUCUUGGAAGGGAAAAAUGAGGGAGGUGGUGAAUUAGCAGAACAAAGGGGAAAGAAUCCAGGUCUUGUGCAUUCCUGGAUGUGUGCUUCAGCCCAAACAAGGUCCCUGCUCUGCUACCUUAGUGGAGAGGGAGGACAGGAGUUACCUGGAAGAAGGUGUGAGGCCGUGUGAUUGGUGAGAGGAAUGGUUAAGGGAUGCCAAAACAAGAGGAAAGGUUGGUAAGAAAUACUUGGUAAGUUUGUGGUGAAGUGUACUGUUGUGGUGAGAUCCCAGGAAGGUAUUUCGAAGUGGUUUCCCUUUGGCUGCACAGCCCCUACCUCCUUACUGUGAGAGGCUUCCCACGCCAGAUGCGGUGGGUCAGUGAGCCGCAGUGACCUACCAACCAUCUCCAUGUGUCAGUGGAAUGCUUUGAAAUGGCUGAGAUGCUGCCACUCUGCUCUAAGUGGCUGGGUGGAUUAGAGGCCUGCUGGUGAGGCACCGGGAGGAGAAGGCCACGGUGUGCCAGCUUCUGCGCCAAGCCCAGCAGAGUGGCUUUGCUGUGGUCUGUGUGUUCCCCUUCCAAGGGAAGUAAGCCAGUUCUCGCUGUAUUCCCUCCCAGGAAGGCCACAGAUCUUCAUGUUUGCGUUGCUGAGUGACACAAAUCAGAGUGAUUGCUUUCGACAGAGGUUCAAAAAACAAAAGUUGUGGAACAUCCAAAUAUUUGCAUUUGAUGAAACUGGGUUUUUGUGCUGUGUGCAUGAAUUGCUGACUUGAACUCUGGGAUCGUUGCCCUGCACCUCAUCUUUUGGGCACCGUUCCAGCUCUGCACAGCUGCUCUGGGACCAGCGUCUUGCCUUUAGUCUGCUCAGUAGGUCUCAGCUCUGCUCCGCUGAUGCCCUGGUGGGCACAGGCCAUUUUCACUGUUCUGUGGAAGGAGAGCAGUGUACCAGUGUGGUGUAUGGUCCCAGGCUGAGGAGGAGAAGCUGCCCUCUCUUGAAGAAGAAUCGUUUUUGCUUCACAGCCCUGCUCAUUUGCUACAUAAAAAGUAAAUUACUCCAAAGCACUUCUAUUGGCCUUGACUAACGGUAUGAAUAGAAGUCCCCCUUUUCUUGUAGACCCUGUGUGUGCAGUAGAAAUGGAGAGGGAAAAUUUGCAUUCUGAAAUACUGGGAGGAGUGAUGACUGCUGCAGAAUGUCAUGACCCUUGGCACUGCUACCUUCAUCGCGACGGUAGUGGCUCCGUAGAAAUCCUAAUUUCUACUUUCUUUGUGGUUAUAGACUGAUGUUACUUUUUUGCCUACAAAUGAUUCAAAAAUGUUUUAACUUUAAUAAAACAGGAUUUGACUUUGGAAAUAAUAAUAACAAUUAGCAUUAACUGGAUGACUGGUGUCAGCUACAUGAGAUAAACCUAAGGUUCUGUUUCAUGAUUGUUUACUAGUGUAAAAUGUUUCAGACUGUUGUUCUUGGUAAGAGAAAUAAACCAGUGAACUUUUAGUUGCAUGAAAA